CGACGUAUGGAAGCUUACGUCGUAGGAGUGAGCAGUGCAGAACGCGAAAGGCGGGGGAGACGUUUAUUUCUGUUCCCCUUGACUUAUGGCGGCCAAGAGGUUGCAAUGAUAUAUGAUCGCUCGCAGCUGUCCUACUCUUAUAAAGGUACUUGUACAUGCACCUCACCCCCGAUUCCUCGUUCUCAGGUAGAGUACAGGCGCGCCCUGUCCUUGUCAACAUCAGCAGGCAAACGGCAAACGCCAAGCUCCCUCCCUGAGCAUAGCGCACAAUGUCCACUGCAGCUGGACAUCCGCAGCAGGAGCUGUUGGCGCCAUCCGGGCUCGCCGCGCACCUCCGCGCGCUGACGUCGUCGACGGCGUCCCCGGCACGCGCGAGCGCGUACUCUGGUGUGCUCGUGCAGCUACUCGCAUCCCCGCGCGCCAAGGUGUCCCCCGCGGAGCUGCAGCAGCUGCUCAACGUCUACAUCGAUGCGACGGCCCUCGCGGACGUCAACGCCUCCGGCGGCGGACUCGUCGUAGGGCGCCAGGUCCUCGCCGACUUUGACCAUGCCAUCCGGCAGACUGCCGCCGCCGCCGGCAAAGAGAGCAGUAGCGGUGUUUCCGCCACGGCAGCAAGCGACGCAAAUGCCAUGAGCGUAGAUGAAGAUAGCCCGAACACUCCAGCCAUUGCAGAACUCGAGACGCGGCGCCAAGUCAUUCAGAGCGUCGUCGACAGACUCCAACAGCGUACGCAGGCGUUCGAAGAGCAGAUCACACGAUUGCGAAUUUAUCUCUGCACUUUGCUAGAAGCAGAGGAGGACUGGCUCGAAGCGGCCAAGGCGCUGUCGGGCAUCCCGUCGCUCGACGCCUCGAGCCGGUCCAUGACGGACCUGAGCCGACUGGACACGUACGUGCACAUCGCGCGCCUCUACCUUGAAGCGGACGACACGGUCCAAGCGGACGUGUACCUCAAGCGCGCUUCACAUCUCCUCACCGCCGCGCAGGACGCAGCGCGCUCCGGCGAUGCGGCCCACGGAGCGCAGGCGAAGGUUCUGCUGCUGUCGUACAAGCUUAGCCAGGCGCGCAUCUACGACGCGCAGCGGCGCUUCCUCGAAGCUGCAACCCGCUUCCACGAGCUGAGCUACGUGGCCGACAUAGACGAUGAGGAGCGUAUGCAGAUGCUCUCUGCAGCAGUGACGGCAAGCAUCCUGGCGCCCGCGGGCCCGCAGCGCUCGCGCAUCCUCGCAGCGCUGGUGCGCGACGACCGGACGACACAGCUGCCGCAGCGCACAAUCCUGUCCAAGGUCUUCCUCGACCACAUUGUCCGCCAGGCGGAGAUUGGCGAGUUUGAGAAGCUGCUCGCGCCACAUCAGAUGGCGCGCAUCGUGCCGAGCGCAAACGACAAGGCCAUGUUCGCCAUGGCUGAUGCCGAGCAGGAAGCAGCAGUGGGGGCUGAGGGAGGAAUCGAGAAGAAGCGGCACGGUCCCUCGACGGUCCUCGACCGCGCGAUGAUGGAGCACAACGUGCUCGCCGCCUCGCGCCUGUACACGACCAUCACCCUUGCCGGGCUCAGCAGCCUGCUGGGCGUCAGCAUGAUCGGAGCUGAAACGAUUGCCCGCCGCAUGAUUCUGCAGCGGCGUCUCGCGGCCGAGAUCGACCAGAGCGAAGCCGUACUGACAUUCCGUGAAGAGGCGCGUGUCAUCGGCGGCGCGAGCUUCGGCGAAGGUAGCGAGAUGACGAACAACGUCGCGGCCAGCGCCGGCGCCGGCGAGGACAAGAAGGAAGACGGCGCCGGUGCACUGGGUGCUGGCGCAGGCGGGGUCGACGAGUUGGUCGACGACGACUUGGACCCGGAUGCUAUUUGCACAAAGCGGUGGGACGCGCACAUCGCCCGCACUGCCGCCCGGCUCGAGGAUGUGUACCAGCGCUUGCUCAAGCAGGGUGUCAUUAACGCCGCUGCAUCCACCAAGGCAGCCGCAUGAGCGUAAGCUUGAGCGCACGUAUGCGCACACAGCGGCGGCGGUGGCUGUCGCCGCUCGUUCCUGCUCCCCAGCGAGCGUCAGUAUACGACCGCACCUUUAACACACCUAUGUAGCAACACCUUCCAACGAUGCACGAUACAGCAUUGCACAACACACUCACACGCCACUCUGUAUUAUACCAUCAGCACAUGCUCAUAUACGUAUCCGGC